ACCGUGGAUCUCGUGCUCGUCGCCCUCUCCUCGUUCCCGUCACCGCCCGUCACCCUUCUUCCCCUAUUUAAAACCCGCUUCCCGUCACCGUCCCGAGGCCCCUUCCAACCAUGAGGCGACCCGGAGGACUCGCCGCGGAAUUCGUCGCCAUUCUCUCCGCGAUCCGAUCUCCGACCACCAUUUCGAUCCCUUCCACCCCGUUUUGAUCGGAUUUUUUCCCUCCUUUUUCCAUCCAUUUUCUCCCAUUCUUUUCACCGUUCUCGGUGGCGUUUAGAUCGUCGAUCGGCUCGAGGACUGGAUCGGAUGCGCGUGGGUGGAGGCGGAGGAGGGGGCGGGCGGCUGGUUCGGGCGUCGCGAUGGGUUUCGACGGAGACAGCGACGGCGGUGAGGAGGAUGGGAUAUCGUCGGUGAGGGAGGUGUCGAUCAACGGCCUCACGAUGAAGACCGCCGAGGUGGAGGCCAAGCUCGAUGAGGGCAACAUCCAGGAGGCAGAAUCGUCGCUGAGGGAAGGGCUCUCCCUCAAUUACGAGGAAGCAAGAGCACUCCUUGGGAGGCUGGAAUAUCAGAGAGGCAAUGUGGAAUCUGCUCUUCGUGUAUUUGAUGGAAUAGACCUCCAGACCGCCAUACAGCGUUUGCAACCCACCUUCUCUGAAAAACCUGCUUCAAGGCGGAACCGCUCACGUACUGAGUCAAUACACCAGGUGUCUCAGCAUGCUGCUAGCCUUGUCCUUGAAGCCAUAUACUUGAAGUCCAUGUCCCUUCAAAGACUCAACAAAGCCACUGAAGCUGCUCAGGAAUGUAAAAGUGUCCUUGAUGCUGUGGAAAAAAUAUUCCAACAUGGUAUACCAGAUGUUCUGGUGGAACAAAAGUUACAGGAAACUGUUAGUAAGGCUGUGGAGGUCCUUCCAGAACUAUGGAAGCAAGCUGGGCGCCAUCAGGAAGCUUUAGCUUCUUACAGACGCGCUCUUCUCAGCCAGUGGAACCUUGAUGAAGAAUGCUGUGUAAGGAUUCAGAAAAGGUUUGCUGUAUUUUUGUUGUACGGUGGUGUAGAAGCUAGCCCACCCAGUUUGGCUUCCCAAAUUGAAGGUUCGUUCAUUCCUAAGAACAAUCUGGAAGAGGCGAUUUUACUUUUAAUGAUUUUGCUAAGGAAAUGGUACCUUGGUAAGACUGAAUGGGAUCCUUCAGUGAUGGAGCACUUUACUUUUGCUCUAUCCCUAUGCGGCGAGACUUCUGUAUUGGGAAGGCACUUUGAAGAGGUCAUGCCUGGAAUAUAUCCACGCUGUGAAAGGUGGUACAGUUUGGCUCUUUGUUACAGUGGAGCAGGGCAGAGCAGAUCUGCUUUGAAUUUGUUGAGAAAGUCUUUAAACAGGCAUGAAAGCCCUAAUGAUAUAAUGGCAUUGUUAUUGGCUGCUAAGAUCUGUAGUGAGGAUUGUCUUCUUGCUUCAGAGGGAGUAGAAUAUGCCAGGAGAGCUAUCACAAAUGCUCGCAGCGUAGAUGAGCAUCUAAAGUGUGUAGCUCUCCGUUUCUUGGGUAUUUGUUUGGGGAAGCAAGCUAAAAUUGCUUUGUCAGACCACGAGAGGACUCGCUUGCAAGCUGAGGCUUUAAGGUCACUAGAUGAGGCAAUUGCACUUGACCGCAAUAACCCAGACUUGAUUUUUGACUUAGGCCUCGAAUAUGCUGAGCAGCGCAAUAUGAAUGCUGCACUCCGAUGUGCAAAAGAGUUUAUUGAUGCAACUGGUGGAUCUAUAUCUAAAGGUUGGCGUUUGCUUGCUUUGGUUCUGUCUGCUCAACAACGAUAUUCAGAGGCUGAAGUUGUUACUGAUGCUGCAUUAGAUGAGACUGCAAAGUGGGAACAGGGACCACUACUCAGAAUUAAGGCUAAAUUGAAAGUAGCUCAAUUGUUGCCAACAGAUGCAGUUGAAUCAUAUCGUUUCUUGCUUGCGCUUGUUCAAGCCCAAAGAAAGGCCUUUGGAUCUUCCAAGAACAGCACUAAGGUUGAGGAUGAUAAGGUCACUGAGUUUGAAGUGUGGCAAGGUCUUGCGAAUCUAUACUCUAGCCUUUCCCAUUGGAAAGAUGCUGAGAUAUGCUUGGAGAAGGCUAGGGCACUGAAGCCGUACUCUGCUGCUAUACUGCAUACAGAAGGUGGAUACCAGACUUCUCAUCCAUGUUCUAUGUAUGAGGUCCGUGGAGAGACUAAAGAUGCAUUGGCCGCUUACAGCAAUGCCCUUUCAAUGGAGCUGGACCAUGUGCCCUGCAAGGUGUCGAUUGGUUCCCUUCUUUCUAAGAUAGGCUCAAAAUCUUUGCCCGUGGCCAGAAGCUUCCUCUCAGAUGCUCUAAGGCUCGAACCCACCAAUCAACUUGCCUGGUAUUACUUGGGAUUGGUUCAUAGAAAUGAGGGGAGGCUGGCUGAUGCAGUGGACUGCUUCCAAGCAGCAUCCAUGCUAGAAGAAUCAGAUCCCGUAGAGAGUUUCAGUUCAAUCUUAUGAGCCUUCAAUGCAAGGCUCACCAAUUUUUUUCCUUCCUGGUACAUAACCAAGAGAAUUGAAUUUCAGCUGCAGAUUGUAUUUAUAGAGUUUAGUUUGGUGGCUUUUUUUUUUAAUUUAUUUUUUUACUCUGUAAUUGUAUCACUGCUGUUGCAUCCUGGGCCGUAUUUAAAUUUAGCUAAUGAAAAACCUUUGAAGGCAAUU